AUGAUUAUGAGCCUCUCCCGACGCUUGGCUGCCUGGCUGCGGCCUUUGGCGAAGGAGUGCAUCGCUGGCGCAGCGGUCGCUGGCGCAGCGGCGGGCGCGGUAUGCGCGGUUGUCCUGCACCGCCGACUCACCGCCACGCGCGCUGCACUCGACGCCAUCGAGGAGCGACUUGCGGCGCACAGCACCGGUCUCGACUUUUUGGCGCAGGAGCUGGAGGCCCUGCGGCUCGCCCUGCGGCAGCCGCAGCUUGCGGGCUCCUCCAACUCCUCCGUCUCUGGCCGGCCGGUCCGCUCCGUCGGCGGCGGCUCGCGCACGGCGUCGAUGGCGACCGCCGAGGACGAGGGUCUCUCCGAGGCGGGCUGGUCGGACGCGGGCUGGUCCGAGGCGGGCGGGUACCGCGCUCACAAGUGGUACGCGAUCGCGCUCUCCAUCACUUCGGCGUACGACGGCGUGCGUGCAGCGAUCGAGCAGUCCUUCACGGUGCGCGAGCACUUUGAGGCGGCGGUGCGGCUGGCGCCGGCAGACGCGACUUCGCGCCACCUGCUCGGCCUCUGGUUUUACGAGGUGGCGGGCCUGUCUUGGGCGACGCGCAAGGUGGCCGCCGCCCUCUUCGCCACGCCGCCAACGGGGAGCCACGCUGAGGCGCUCGCGCAUUUCGAGGCGGCGGAGGCGCUCUCUCCCGGCUUCUACCUCAAGAACCAGGUCUGCCUCGCGAAGUGCAGUCUGGCGCUCAAGGACAAGCCGGCCGCGCGCCGCUGGCUGGCCUCCGCCGCGGCGAUGGCGCCAAAGAGCGCCGAUGACGAGGCGUCGCUCGCAGAGGCGAAGAAGCUGCUGGCUUCGUUGUGAAGUCGGGGAGGGCGGGGAAGGCGAUACCAACUUUGUGCGACAUCGGGCGGGGGGCAGGAGGAACGUACCCUCUGCCCCGAUGCGCCGCGAGCGAGCCAGCGGCCAUUCCCGCCUCCCAGCUCGGGGAACUUGCCUCCAGACCCGUCCCGUGCCCGCCGCGUUUCUCUACAUGUUCUCUAUUAAUUUGCAUACUA